AACCGUAGGGGAUUAUGGAGCCUUAAAUAAGGGUAACCCCAACCCCUGUGAGUAAGAACCAACGUGUUGCGGUGUUGGUGCCUCUGAACUUGAAAUUUUGACCGAAAGCGUAGUUUUAUUCUUGUUAUAGGCAGAUAGAUUCUUUAUUAAUCACGGGUAGGCACGUAGUUUUGGAUGGAAUUCAGGGGAUUAUGGAGCCUUAUACCGGCUGCCGUUAUACUGUCCUCUCUGAAACUCUCCUAUGAUCGCUGCUAAAUAUACCCAAACCUAAGAGAGUCCUCCCAUACGGCUAUUAUGUUGAGUUGUUAGCUUUCCAUUUUCAAGAGGCAUAAAUGGUAUCGGAAUAGGAGAAUUAUUUCUGGAUCUGCUAAUUCAGUGUGGUUGUGGCUUGGUACUGUACUGCUGUACUGGCUGUUUACAAAAAGAAAAGUUCCAUGCUGAAUGCACAAAUACCAAAUAGCACCAGUAAGACAUGACCUUUUAACAGAUGAGUUCUCAGCUAAAGUCUGAGAACAUUUCUUCACAAAAGAAGUAUCAAUAUUACUCUGGGUUUCCUGUGGCUGGGUUAAGUCAAUUAGUAGGCUAUUCUUCAAUGCAAACUUCUCAGAAAUACAGGCAUUCAGUUGGGUCCCACAGCUCAUAUUAUCAGCCUGUUCAGGAGGUUGGGUCCUAUUGUUUGCCUCAGAAUUUCCAAAAUUUGGAUCACCAAUGCUCCAAAGCAAGCAGCCAAGAGUCCAACUUUCCCAUUCAAACUUCUCAUGAACAGUACUGUACCCUGGAGUCAUCUUCGGCAACUGGCAGUUACACCGUUUAUAGUUCCCCGUCUACUCUCAGUUUCUCACCUAACGGGAGUCCCAUAUCACAGCAGGAUUCUCAUUCCUACCCAGCAGAUCCACAUCAUUCUCAUUCCCCCGACUGUACUCAUGGAUCACCAGUAAGUGGGUCAUGCAUAACAGAUGAGGUCAAUGAUCUAAGGCACAAACUGAGAGACCUGGAAACUGCAAUGUUGGGGCCAGAAUCAGAUAUUGUUGACAGUUUCCAUGAAAACCUUGGUGGUGGAGAUGACCAAGCCCCGUUAGAGAUAGAGAAAUGGAGAGAAAUAACAGAGAUGAUCUCUAGAGGAGACUUGAGAAAUUUGCUCAUUGCAUGUGCACAAGCUAUAGCAGAUGACGAUUUAUCAACAGCAGAUUGGUUGAUGGCUGUGUCAAGGCAAAUGGUGUCAGUCUCAGGGGAACCAAUCCAACGCUUGGGUGCCUACAUGUUGGAAGGUCUGGUUGCAAGGUUGGCAUCUUCAGGGAGUUCAAUCUACAAGGCCCUGAGGUGCAAAGAGCCUGCAAGUGCUGAGCUCCUCUCAUACAUGCACAUUCUGUAUGAGGUUUGCCCAUACUUCAAGUUCGGAUAUAUGUCUGCUAACGGUGCCAUUGCAGAAGCUUUGAAGGAUGAAAGAAAAAUCCACAUCAUUGACUUCCAGAUCGCACAGGGCAGUCAGUGGGUCACUCUUAUCCAGGCUCUUGCGGCUCGUCCUGGUGGACCCCCACAAAUCCGCAUCACAGGAAUUGAUGACUCCACCUCAGCCUAUGCCAGGGGAGGAGGACUUCAUAUUGUAGGGCAGAGGCUAUCGAGGCUUGCAGAGUCGUGCCAUGUGCCCUUUGAGUUCCAUGCAGCAGCAAUGUGUGGAAGUGAAGUGGAGCUUGAAAACCUCUGUAUUCGACCUGGGGCUGGGGAGGCUCUGGCUGUGAAUUUUGCAUUCAUGCUCCAUCAUAUGCCAGACGAGAGUGUGAGCACUCAGAACCACCGGGACAGGCUUUUGAGAUUAGUAAAGAGCUUGUCACCUAAGGUGGUGACACUGGUAGAGCAAGAGUGUAAUACCAACACUGCACCAUUUGCUCCACGAUUUAUAGAGACACUGAACUAUUAUACGGCCAUGUUUGAGUCAAUUGACAUGGCAUUACCAAGAGAUGACAAGCAACGGAUCAAUGUGGAGCAGCACUGCCUAGCGCGAGAUGUGGUCAACCUUAUAGCAUGUGAGGGUGCUGAGAGGGUGGAACGUCAUGAGCUUCUUGCGAAGUGGAGGUCUCGGUUCACAAUGGCUGGGUUUACUCCAUACCCAUUGAGCUCGUUGGUAAAUGCCACCAUCAAAACUCUUCUGGAGAAUUACUCUACAAACUAUAAGCUGGAAGAGAAAGAUGGCGCACUCCAUCUUGGCUGGAUGGACCAGUCUCUGGUUACCACAUGCGCAUGGAAGUGAAUAAUUCAUCACUUAGUGCCACGGAAGUAAAUGGUUAUUAGCACUUAGCACACUGAUCAUCGACUCCGACUCCUCUUUUGCUGUCUAUUAUUAGUUGUAGUUCAUCACUCAAGUAAAAUAUGUAAUGUAAUCUUCUUGCCUUCCCCCUUCAAAGAAAAAAACACUAGUGCUUUGAGUUGUUCUUGGUUUUCCAACUUGGAUAUUUGAAACUACUAAGUUCUGUCAUUAAAAUUUUGAUGCUGUAGUUACUAGUUAGCCUUUGCCCAAAUGAGUA